AUGGCUCAUUGCACCAACCCGGACAAAUACUUUCCGACUGUCAAGACUCCUGCUCUACCAUCUGGAGUCUUCAAGGUUGGAAUCAUCGCACAGACCUCGAGGGAAAUGUGCGCUUCAGGGCAAGAUCGCGUUGGUUACCGGAGGAGGAACCGGAAUCGGAAGAGCCAUCGCUGCAACGUUUGCUCAUCUCGGAGCCAGUGUGGCCAUCGCAUCCCGUCGAAUGGACGUGCUUCAGAAGUCGGCCGCCGAUAUCAGAACUGCCACUGGAGGCAUCUGCGAGCCAUUCCAGAUGGACGUCAAGGACACGAAGAUGGUGGCGAAGGCGUUCGACGAGAUGAACGAGAAGUGAGAUUAUGACACUGGGUGCAUCCGAACACACGAUUCCAGGUUUGGAAAGACCCCCGACAUUCUGGUGAACAACGCGGCCGGCAACUUCAUCAUGGCCACCGAGAGACUGUCUCCGAAUGCCUACGGAACGAUCAUCGACAUUGUUCUUAAAGGCACUCUGAAUGUUACGACUGAGUUGGGAAGACGGUGCAUCCAGCAAAAGACAGGCGCCGCCGUGACCAGCAUCACUGCCGCGUACGCCAGAGCCGGCGGACCGUUCGUUCUCCCUUCCGCAGUUUCGAAGGCUGGAGUGGAGGCGAUGACGAAGUCGUUGGCCGUCGAAUGGGCGAAGCACGGCCUCCGAUUCAACGCGGUCUCUCCCGGCUCCGUUCCGACGAAAGGCGCCUACGGAAGACUGUUCGCUGGAGAGCUGAAAGAAGCCGCUGAACUGGUCAAGGCGAGAGUUCCGGUGGGAUGGAAGCCCGGAAGAGGUGGCCAACCUGGUGGCGUUCAUUUCCAGUGAUUACAUGUCAUGGAUGAACGGGGCGGUAAGAAUAUUCGAAGAGUUAAGAAUCGUUACUUCACUUUCAGAUCAUUGACUUGGACGGCGGAGCGCAGUAUAUCAACCACGGAUCUCACAUGGGAGAGUUCUUGCACGAGUACGAUCAGCAGAAGUGGGAGGACACUGAGAACUUGAUCCGUGGAAGAUCUGGAAAGAAGAAGUGA